AUGAUGCCAACCACAUGCGUCGCCAAAUUUCACUGUGGUGCUUACGGCCCAGGUUGGCUGAACGGCGACCAUCCAAUGCCCCAGGAUGGGAGGGUAAAAAGGAGAGUGUGUUUUCACCUAGAGGGGGAAUGUUGCAAGGAGAAGAUCAGUAUUCAAGUGAGGAAUUGCGGGAAAUUUAUGGUGUACUUUUUGCCACCUGCGCCAAGAUGUCCUUUGAAAUAUUGUGGAAGUAAAGUUGAGGAUGGUAAGUUUGGUAGAUUUUUCACUCGAUCGUUUGUCUGAAAAACCUGUGUAGAGAUGUUUUACUGGGGUCUCAUGAGAGGAACUGUGGACACAAGCGGGUUACCUGCGAGCCAGGCGUGGAUAGGGAGAGGAGUAGAGGCAGCUUUCUGUCCGGCUUUCCCCGCCCAGUCUUUCGCAGCUUCCUCGCCCGUGCUUGUGAUUUCCAAAUGGGGAUUUAUCCCGACAUUCCCAAAUAUUGAGAUCAUACGUAAAUAAUUACUAAAGAACGGUUUUCACUAGCGCAGAACCAUAAGUAUAAGGGCAUACGCACGCGCAGAAUGGCAUAUUUGAGCCUCCAAGGUUCUGAAAAAUGACCAUAUUUUGAGGACCUUCAACCAAACCAACGUUUGAGCAUUUGCACGGCAUUACACAUAAUACACUAUUGUCGUCAUUUUAUUGGAUAGCGCAAACGUCUUCCAACUUUGGUCAACACUAUCUGGAUGUGAAGAAUUGGCUGGGGGAUCAGGGCCAAUCAGAAAAGGAGAAUAUUUUGGAUAAAUAAUAAUGAUGUUUAUUGAGACGGGCUGUUUGGUGACUCUAAUCUUACUCGAUAAUUUUGUUACAGUUCCCCGUGAAUGCAAAAGCUACGGCGUUUUAAAUGAAACCGACAGAGCGCGAGGAUUUUAUAAUCCGUUCCUGUCCCUCACCGACGCAGGACUUACUCCUGGAUGGCACAGAUUCAUGGGAAAAGCGGGUAUCAAUUAAUUUAACAUUCUUGUCUGAUCAUCAUCAUCAUCAUCAUCAUCAUCAUCAUCGUCACAUCGUUGUCAUCACCAUCACUAUCACCUUUUGUAGAAUAAAAAUUAUAUAGAGUAUGAAAAUGCGAAAGUUUUUUAUCCUCAAAAAGAGGAAUACUUAGGGCAACCAGUCCCCUUUAUGUUCUGUAUAGAGUGUUUUCACAUGACGUCACCGCGGCCAUUGGUGUCCCAAAACAAUGAAACGGCGGCCAUGUUGGUGUCCCAUGAAACUAAUCCUGUUGGAGUUGAGUUCUUUUUUAAUGCAAAUGCUUUCUUUUGUUCCAAUAAAUUCGUGUAGAUAAUGGCCACGCAAGUGAAAACACUCUAUAUAUUCAAUCCCCACCUUUGUUUGUUUUUUUCUUCAGUACUUACAUGUUAGUGUUAAAUAUUUGUUAGGAUCGCGGAUGUCACAUAAAUGCGUCAAUUUAUUUCACUGUGGUACACACGCAUCCGGGUGGCUCAGAGGUGCUCAUCCUCUGAUAACUGAGGGUGCAGUAAUGAGACAAGUAUGCUUUCAUUGGAACGGCGACUGUUGUUAUUUCAAGCAACAAAUACUAGUGCGAAACUGUGAGGAUUUCUACGUCUACGAGCUUCCUGGAACAGAGAAAAGCUUUCUGCGAUACUGUGGCAAUUCAAAAAAGCACCAUCAUCUUGAACUUUAG